AUGAAACACCAAGAAAACGGUACAACUUCAGUAAAAACGCCCACAUUUUCGCAGAUCCUCAAACUCCAACGCGACGCGUCUGCUCUCAGAGCAUUUAUCGUGACUCUCAAGCAAAGUAACACACAGGAACGUGAACAAUUGCUAUCAUCUGUCGUCGACAACGAUGGAAAUGUCAGCUUGCCAGUUUCAGUAGAUGAGACUCUUCCAACAGAAACCCAGGUUUCCUCAAUUGGUCUGUCUUCCCGACCCGCAAUUGCAUCCGACGAUGAGCUAGACAUUGCCAGCUUUGUAUCUGUUGACGACUCUGGUGAGACCAACAGCUUUGGUCCGACAUCCGCCUUGUAUAAUCCAGCAAGGAAUGGUUCCAACAAUAGCAAGCAAUAUGACUCAACAUGGACCGAGAAUGUCAAGAAUAGCUUGAUAGCAAAUGCUGCUCUGCAGAGGCAUUUAGAACCUGCUGUUAUGCGCGAUUUGCAAUGCUCGGGUCAGUACUGCUCCAUCUUUAUGCUCAACGCCAUCUUCGCCUGCUGCAGCAAGUUCUCGCCUCGUCCAGAGGUCAGAGAAGACUAUGGAGAUCCAUCAAGCGCCGGUCUUCAGUUUUUCCAUCGUUGCGACGAGCUUCUUGCAAAAGAUUCCCUCCUAAUGCGACCGCACAUUACAACAAUCGUGGGACUUCUCUUUCUGGGCUCAACAUACGUCGCUCGUGGAGAGACAUCGAAGGGAUGGUUGUAUACUGGUUAUGCCCUACGAAUGGUCUACGAUUUAGGUCUCCAUCUAGACCCCAAACAGACGACAGAUCAGCCCGAGGAGAUAGAAAUCAAGAGACGGGUGUUCUGGGGCGCCUUUGUCUGUGAUAAGCUUCAGAGUCUAUACCUAGGUCGACCUGUGGCCAUCAAUCUUUGCGACUCCCAGGUAUCACGUGAGUUUCUUGACUUGUACGAAGAAACAGAACCGUUUCGCAUCCCCAACUUGGCAUCAGAAUCCACCCCUGGCUUGCCAAAGGAUAUGGAUGAUAUGGUUCCUAGGUAUUCUGUAUCGACUUUCCAACAAUUAUGCCUCUUGUCUAAGAUAAUGACGACCAUUAUCAAUCGUUUCUAUGUAGUCGGAGCCACAUUCUCAAACGCCCAAGACAGUCUUCUGAAAAUCGAGCAGGCGUUGCAGAAGUGGCGAGAAGACUUAGCUCCCGAGCUUGACUUCCAGCCCUGGAACUCUGCGAGCGCACGAGCCCAGACGCCGAACAUCAUGGUUCUACACAAUCUGUAUUACUCCCUUAUUAUUUUGGUUCAUCGACCAUUUAUAUCGGAUGGACAUCUUCGCUCAACCGGAACACCCUCUCGAUCCUGGGAGCAAUGUACAGACGCAGCUCGGUGUAUUACACGUAUAGCAUUCGUUUACAAGUUGACUUAUGGACUCAGCGGGGCUCCUUAUGUCCUGGCAUAUACAGUCUACGUCGCGUGUACCAUACAUGUUCGCAACGCGGCCUCCCAAAGCCACAAGGAGGACCAUCUGGAUCUAUUGAACAAGAGCUUAACAUGCUUGGAUGAACUUUGCAUUGCGAAUCCAGGUGUUGCAAAGCCGGCCAACAGUAUCAGGCGCCUGAUUGAAGCCAAUCGCCUGGACCUGACAGUUGUGCUGGGAGCAACAACACCCGGAGACUCAUCGUCCGAUAUUUGUGGGUCACGGAGAAUGAUUGUCCUGGUGUCAUUACCCCACAUUUUUUCCAACAUGUCUCGUCUCCCUCAGAACGUCGACGUCUUGAUCGUGGGCAGUGGCAAUGCUGGAUUUGCAGCAGCUCUGUCUGCGGCCGACAACGGAGCCAAGAACAUUUUACUCAUAGAUAAGUGUCCCGAAGAAUGGGUCGGUGGCAAUUCUUAUUUCACUGCUGGCGCCUAUCGUAUCGCCCAUGGCGGUCUCAACGAUCUGUUGCCGUUCGUCAACAACGUUUCCCACGAGCAAGCGGGAAAAAUCGACCUUGCGCCCUACACCGAGAAAGAUUUCCAGGAUGAUAUGAAUAGAGUGUGUAUGGGACGUUCAGACCCGGAGCUGGCCAGGACGCUUAUUGAAAACUCCAAUUCAACUAUCAAAUGGCUUGCUUCCAACGGUAUUCGCUUCCAACUGUCUUUCAACAGACAAGCAUACGAGGUUGAUGGGAGGUUCAAGUUCUGGGGAGGUCUUCACAUCAAGACUCAAGAUGGAGGCAAGGGUCUUAUUGAAGACUACCUUGCCGCGAUCAAGAGACGGGGCAUUCAGGUUUCAUGGUCAACAGCGCUCACAGGACUGCAAAAGCUUGAGAAGGACGAUAGCUACAACGUUCAAUUGCUAGCCAAUGGUCGCGGAUGUUCUUUGAACGCUAGCGCUGUUGUAUUGGCUGCCGGAGGAUUUGAGUCUAACCCUCGGAUGCGAAGUCAAUUCCUCGGUGCUGGUUGGGAUAUGGCCAUGGUGCGUGGAACACCUUACAACACCGGGGAUGUUUUAAACCUGGCCAUCGAACAAUUGGGCGCGAAAGCUGUCGGAAACUGGUCCGGAUGCCAUUCCGUUGCCUGGGACGCUAAUGCUGACCCAAAUACUGGCGACCGAGAAGCCUCCAACGAGUACACCAAGUCGGGUUACCCCCUGGGCCUUAUGCUGAAUGUUGAUGGCCAGCGUUUUGUCGACGAAGGUGUUGACUUGAGAAAUUACACCUAUGCAAAGUUUGGUCGGGCUAUUCUCCAGCAGCCAGAACAGCUUGCCUUCCAGGUUUGGGAUUCAAGAACCAUUGACUGGCUGCGAAUGGAGGAGUACCGAGAGGAGCGUGUCGAACGUAUUUUUGCAAAGUCAAUCGAGGAGCUGGCGCAAAAAUGUGCCGAGCUUGGACUUCGAAAUACAGCAGCAUUCGUUGACACAAUCCAAGAGUACAAUGAAGCAGUCUACGCGCAUCGUCAAGAAAACCCCGGCGCCAAAUGGGACCCAGCCAUCAGAGACAAUGUCUCAACUCAAUCUUCAAAGAAGAAGCUGGCUUUGGCCAAGUCCAAUUGGGCUUUACCCUUGGAUCAGGGUCCUUACAUGGCAGUAAAGCCCCUUGCACGCACACAUGACCAAAUAAUGGCUGGACUUCAACCCAACAUUUGGGCUGGCGUCGCCAUUCCUUGGCUUGCAGCGAUGUGCUCACUUUUUAUGCGUCGUUCAUAUUCGCAACAGGCUACUGCAGCAUCAUGUUGGAAUGGACGUUGCACACGUACCUUGGCGUCAAAAUACCCAACUCAAUAUCCACAGAUGAAAAGGAGGCGAUUUUGCAACAAGCCCGGUUCCUUAGCUUCUUGA